CCUGGAAGCUUCAGAUGCAUCAGAGGAGCGGAGAGGAAAUCGCGGAGCACCUCAGUUUCAUCCCCUAGCUGCUGCGCUGAAAUGCGCGCUAAACGUGUGCCUUUCUGUACCCGUGUGUCCCCCACAGGCGCAGUUAGUUCAAACAUGUGAUAGGUAAAAGUCGUGAUUCGCUGGAUUUUUAUUCUCUCCUUAUCUUGUGGGUUUAUCCUUUGUCUGUCGUCGAUCAGUUUGUGGAAUGCACUACAUUUUCCUCUCUGGGUCGUUUCCACUUCAGGAUGGGAACUGCAUUAACCAAAAGGAAGAACCAGAGGACUGAUGCGAUUUCUUCCGUGGCCGCAAAAGUUCGAGCAGCCAGAGCAUUCGGAGAAUAUCUGUCCAACACAAAUCCAGAGAACCGCAACGGAGCAGAUCAUCUUUUGUCAGACACCUUCCCCGGUCAGGACUGUGAUUCUCCAGACAUUGGUCGUUUGCAGAACAACAAUCUGCCACCACACAGCAACAGUUUGCCCAUAACUAAAACCAGCCAGUCCCAUCAGCCCAAUCCUAGGACAAAUCAGCAGUCAGCUCCUCAGGUCCACAUCCUCAAGGCUCAAGUGCCUUUGGGUCUGUCAAAACGUAGACUCUGUGUUGAGCGAAGCCUCUCCACAGAGGAACCACCAAGUGACAGAGGCUUUGAAGGGAGAGUUGCUUUGAAGCUACCCAGUAUGUAUACAAUAACAAGGGAAGGUAGGAUGACUCUAGGGGGCCCUGGAAGUGAGGAGACUGUAGAGUUGGAGGUGCUGAAGGUAUUGAAGGGUCCCAGUGAGCAGCCAGUGCCCCAGUCCUCCAGCCCUGCCAUCUAUAACCUGUCCUGCACCAGCCAGCCAUCAGUUACAGCUGUUUGUGGUAGCCACCACCGCAGUAUCCAUCAUGGGACUAGCCAUCACCAUACCAACCAGCAAAAAGGGGGGCCUUCAUCAUCCCUACAACCUCUGCAGAGCUCGAGGAGUGCCAGCAACAUCGGUGACUGGGGGAUAAAGAAAGGGGGGUCAAGGAAAGAGAACAGCCCAAACUGUGUGGCCUGCAUCCGUGUCCCAUGUCAAAGCCAGCGAUCCUUGGACUUGGAUACCUCACCACAGGAUGGAGGAAAGUACCGCAAGAAACUAGAGAGGGUGUACAGUGAGGACAGGACAUCCAGUGAGGACAGGACAUCCACCAAUGACAGGGAGGACAGUUAUAAUAGCUGGGUCCCCAAGGAGAACAUGUUCAGCUUUCAGACAGCCACCACCACCAUGCAGGCCAUAUCAAAUUUCCGUAAACACCUCCGGGUGGUAGGCAGCCGCAGGGUGAAGGUCCAGACCUUCGUUGAUCGCCGAGCCAAGAGCUUCAGCCGCUCAUGGAGUGACCCAACUCCCGUCAAGCCAGAGUCUAUUCAUGACUCCAGAGACAGUGGGGAGCUUCAGACCUCCUCAGGCACUCUAGAUGAAGGGCUUGAUGAGGAUGCUCACUGGGAGGAGGAGAGAGAGAUGGAGAAGGCAGCUUGCGAAGGAGAGGAUUUCAUCCAACCAAAAAUCAUGCUCAUAUCCUCCAAGGUGCCGAAGGCCGAAUAUGUUCCCAACAUCAUCCGGAGAGACGAUCCCUCCAUCAUUCCUAUUCUAUAUGACCAUGAGCACGCCACCUUUGAUGACAUCCUUGAGGAGAUAGAGAAGAAGCUGAGUGCCUACAGGAAAGGCUGCAGAAUCUGGAACAUGCUCAUUUUCUGCCAAGGUGGUCCGGGUCAUCUUUACCUGCUGAAGAAUAAGGUGGCCACAUUUGCUAAGGUAGAGAAAGAGGAAGACAUGGUCCAGUUCUGGCGGCGUCUCGGAAGGCUGAUGAGUAAACUGAACCCAGAGCCGAACCUGAUCCAUAUUAUGGGCUGCUAUGUGCUGGGAAGUGCUAAUGGAGAAAAGCUUAUUCAGACUUUAAAAAGGCUGAUGAGACCCUCGUCUGUUGAAUUCAAGUCCCCACUAGAGCUGUCUGCCCAGGGCAAAGAGAUGAUUGAGAUGUACUUCGACUUCCGCCUGUACCGCCUUUGGAAAAGCCGUCAGCACUCUAAGCUACUGGACUACGAUGAUCUGUUGUGACUUCACCCAGCUCCUUUCAGGCUUUCUGGCCGGUUAAAGCGCGUCUGAACCUACUGUUGCACAGUGACCAGUUGUUUGGAUCAAGGGGCUCUGCCCUCUUGAGUGGCCCGUGGGACUCUGGCUCUGCAGCAGAGCUGGAGCAGCAGCAGUGCAGUAGGGUCUGUUUUUUUAUCCAGAACCUUCUGAAGAGGCAGUGUGGCCUUGUAGAAACAGCUGGCGGGUACAUGUUUUACCCUUACCCAUUUUCACUUUUUGCCUAUCUCUGUAAGAAAAGAGAAGGAAGGGGACAUGAAACAGGAGGGGAAGCGAGCCAUCAUCUUAGCCUAAAUGUGUCAGCAAUGCUGACGGGGAGUCCGACUUGAAUCGGGAGUGGAUGCUGAAAGAGUGAUAGCAGAGAACAAAAAGAUCUCCCUAUAAACUUUAGAGCAAAGCUUUUGUUUCUCUUGCCUUGCUUUUAGCAAAAACUAUUCAGCUCUGUAGGAUGGAGACUUCUAAGAAUGAUAUUUUAUUCUUUUUUCAGGUGAUAAAGCUUUUUAAAAUGGAGCAGAGCUUAUAUGUAAAUAAGUCAUCAAACAAAUAUUAGAAAUAGGUUUCAAGAUUUCUGUCAAUAGCAUUAUGUUAAAAAUCAGCUUUUAUUCAUACAAAACAUUUAGAUUUACAAAUUAGAAUAGUUGAAGAUUUUAUGGAGAUAAAAACCUCAGAUAAAUGUGUUAGUAUUUCGAACAGAUUGUAUGAACUCAGGUUAAAUCCAUUAGACUUACUGUACCACUAACUGUAGAUAUGCGUAGAAGGCCUUUUAAACCACACAUUCUCAGUGGAACAUCAGGUCAUUUCUUCAAAGGAUUUCUGUUUGCAUUUACAUAUGUUUGGCUGCCUGAUAACAUUUUGCCGUAGGCCGGUGAAACAGUUUUAGCUGUUCAUCCUUGAAAUGCUGGCUAACAGGUGCCUUUUUUAUUACCUGUGUCUGUUUUUAUUGCAUGUGUGUGUUCAAAGUGUGUUUCCAUUGGUAGCCUCUGAAGAGGUGUAGGUAGAUAAUUUACUUCAUACUAAAUAGGUGAUGCAUAUUUGUGUAUUUAGUUUAUUUUAAAUAUUUAUUAGCAUAUUUGGGACUUUUAUUUAUUAAAAUUUUAACUUGAAUCACACAAAGUAGCAAUUAUUAGUAAAGGCAAUACUUAGUUUCUUCUUUCUUGUGUUGUUUAACCACUUAUUAAAGCAUUUGCAGGCUUUUUUACUGGAAGAUUAUAGGAUUUAAAAAGCACUCUCUGGUUGUUUAGAGUUGUCCUUCCUUCAGUGUUGUAGAUUUUAAGAUACAGAUGUUCUUGCUCUAGUUAAAAAAGACAGGUGACCUAUGUUUACGUCGGGGAUUUAUUUAUUUAUGAUGCCCUUGUGCAAAAAUAUUACCUUCUAUGGUAUUUAGUAUUCAAACAUAAACAUGAAAACUAAAAUGUAAAAAAUAUAAAACAUUAGCUAAUAACUUUAUUUUGACAAGAAACAACCAUUAUUACUGUUGCUUUAAUAACAUCACAAAUUGAUACAUUAUUAUAUCUAAUAAAUGUUGUCUGUAAUUAUUUCUAGGUGUUUAAAUUUUGCUACAUACACACUCAUAAAGAAUGCUAGAACACCGAUGAGUGUGUUGACAGCCUCUCGAUGUUUCAUGUACUCAUGAAAUUCAUGUCAAAACAGUUGAAGGUGUAAAUAUUUUAAAGAUUAAGGGUGAAGUUUAAAUUCAGUCUUUUUGGGUUAAAUUUGAAGUUAAUGCAGCAGGCAGUUUGAAAGAAUUUCGUGAUUCUUCAAAAAAAAGUUUUUCAAUACUGCUAGCUGCUUCGCUCUUUCACCAUUCACAGUUUGGUAUCUUUACCCCAGGCCUUUGUAACUACAGAAAGGAGCCGUUUACCACAGGUCGCUUCAUACACGCCUUAUCUUUGUAAAGGCUCCAAAUUGUUGACAGUAACCUCCUGUAGUCCACUCACAGUCCACUGUGUUAAUAACAUGGGGGUUAUAUUAUUCAAAUAAAACUAAACAUCUCCUAUUAUCAGGUAGCUCAUAAUUAUCUUGGUUUGAUCAGGAUUAUAUUCAGUCACCUGCCACAUGAAAAAAAUCUAAGAAGGUAGUUUUAUUCAAACUUUAUGAGAGCUCAAAAAGAAAAACUCCCUGAAAGUUAUGGGAAAUGUCAACUGACAACCUCUCCCCCAUCCCUGCUAAACGUUGCCCAUGCACACUGCUGAUCAGCUGCCUUCUUCAUCAUUUGUUAACGUUGGACAGAAAAAUGUGUACAAUUAUAAAAUGUUAUGAUCUUUGCCUAAUUAAGUGAGAUUUCAAGUAAACAUUAUUUAUGUUUUUGACUGAAACAAACUGUAGGCCCUAGCUAGGUUAAAGCUGCAACUGUCAUUUGUUUCACAAGAUAACUGAGGAGCAUUUUUUUGCCAGUUAUCUGAUUAUUUCUCUGAGGCAGACAUAGUAAAAUGCAAUGCUCACUUUGUUAGUGAUUUUUUAGAUCUUAUUUUUCUUGUUACUUUUACCAAAACCCAUUGCAGUAGUCAAUCAAAUGUUUCCUUCUUUAAAUUUCCCUGAUCCUCAGUGAGCUCUUGUUACAAGAGCAAGAACAAACAUUCUUGAAUUUCCAUCAAGUGAUGUAGAAAAGAAACCUGCCUCAAACUAGUAAAAUUCAAAAAGAAAAGUAAUUCCCCAGAAGUGAGAGCAUGCAUCAUAAUCCUAAACAAGCACUCCACAUUUGUGCCAUUGCGAUUUACUUUUUGUCUUCUAAGUUUUCAUCACAUAAAAGCAAUCUGAAUUGUCUUGUUACUGAAUUGAACCACCCCACAACUCAGAAUACGGGUAAUAAUUUACAUUUAUUCAUUUCUUUUUUUAUUUUUGGUGGGGGGGGGGGUUAAAUUUUUCUUUAAAACUAGGAAGUCAACCACUGUUUAUACUAAAUCCCAUUAGAGAGAAUAACACCACAUAUUGUUUUUGGUCCAUAAGUUGUUUUCUGUAUUUGAAUGAAUUGGUGGGUAUGCAGUUUAGGUGAAAUGUUAAUCUUUAGAAAUUACUGCAAUAUGAAAUCCUGAAGCUACUUUUUGUUGCAUCAAUUUUUCGUGUGAUUUUGCAAAUCUCUUGUUAAAACUGAAGCACAAACAAUUUAAAUUUUUUGUUUUCUGUCUGUGCAGCUACUUGAGCUUUUCACAGACCUGGGUUAAGAUGCUGCAUUCACUAAUUAUUUUUAUUCAGUGUAACCACUGAUGAAGCAAGUCAAGACAAAUAAAGAUCAAUAUCUUCUUUACAGCCUAGCAAAAUGGGAGGGCUUCUUGAGAGUUAAAAAUGGUAAAGGAAGCACACUUUUUAUGGUGUCAUGUUACCACUAGCAUAGCAGAGCAAUACCAUUUUGCCGCUUGGGUAGAGAAGAUGAUGGAAAAUAUCGGAACGGAUUCCAACGCUCUUCCCCACCCGUCAACACUUGGGUAGAGGUCACUGACCUAUUAGACCUGUCCCCUUCAACUAUUAACCAGAUCUGCCCCUAUAGCUUUAACCACAGCCUCCUUUACAAUGACACGUUUGGAGACAACCCCAUACACCGGGUAACAUGAGGAAGAAGACAGUAACUUGCCUGCAUACAAUGAGCUGUGGACUUAGUAUUUUUACCAUUACUAUCUCUCUCGCUCCUGCCCUAAAAGUUAGGGUAGGAACUUACAUCUUGGUUGUAAAUCAAACAUGUUUUAAUUGCACAUAUGCAAAAAAUUUAAGUUAGAAUUAGAAUAAAACAUUUCUGUGUGGAUAUAAACAGGUUGAAUUAAGCAAAAUUCAUGCCUGUUACUAUUAUAAAUAACAUACUAAAUUAACAUUUCACCUAAACUGCAUACCCACCUAUGUGGUGUUAUCCUCUGUAAUGGGAUUUAGUAUAAAGAAUGGUUGACUUGUUAGUUUUAAAGAACCGCAGAAAACUUAUAAGACAAAAGUUAAAUCGCAAUGGCACAAUAAAGGCAAGCAAACAAGCACCAAUUUCAGUAUAUUCUUUUGGUAUUUUUCCGGUAAGAUAAAUGGAAUAAGGUAUAUAGUUAUAUAAUUAUAGAGUAAAAGAAAAAAAAAAAAAAAGUGUUUCAAAAAAAUGUGGUCCAAGGGAAUCGCUCUCAGUUGUGUUUUCUUUAUGAAUUUCACUAGUUUGAGGCAGGUUUCUUUCCUACAUCACUUGAUGGUAAUAUAAGAAUGUUUGUUCUUUAAAGAUGUCAAUCUUUGAUUGACACUUAGAAUCUACUGAUAAUAAAAUAAUUUUUAAAAAUAAGCAAGCGGAGCUCACAGAGGUGAAUAAAGAUCAGUAUUUGAAAUUCAGCUUUCUAGCACAGUGUGAUCAGAAAAAAUAAUAUAUGUUAUCGAUAUUAUGCUGAUAGAAAAACGGAAAGAGGUACAGAGCUGAUACGAAAUACGAAUUAAAAGAGAAAGCAUAUGUUUUUUUCAGACUCUGAACAUCUGAAAAGUGUGGUAUGUUCAUAUAUAUCACUCUAUACUCUAAUACUCAACAGUUGCCUCUAGCUCUAGAAAAGAGUUAAUUAGUACAUAGAGUCUUUUAUUUCAAUAUAAUUACAGGAGUAAUUAGACGAAGCUGGAAGUGAUGGUGAGUCUUCCAUUUUGAAUUUUCGUUUAAACUCCAUUUUAUGAAGGCAAUUAUGUGCAUUGAUAGAGAACAUUUAUUGAACAAACAAGAUGAUGAGGGUCCCAGAACCCCAGCCCUGAGACAUGCUCACACCGAAAAUUUGCAAAUUAACUCCUAAACCUGACAGGCCAGGUGAAAGGAAUCAUAGAAAUAUCCAAGGUAACUGGGGUGAGAAAGUUGUGUAGCUUUAACGAAAAGUGUAGCUACUAUAUAUUUGUAUUUUUUGGAAGGAAUUGUUUUUUUUAAAGAAGGGGGAUGGUCUGUGAAACAUCUCUAAUCAGGGAGGGGUUCAAGAAACUGAAUAAAGAGAGAAGUAUAACUAGUAAUGCAUCGUUGACAAACUGAGAAAUUCUGACAUGGAUAAAGAUCAAAUAAAGAUCGGUAUGCUGAAGCUCGAGGUUUGCUCCAAGACACACACACACACACACACAGGAUGAUAAAAAAAAAAAAAAGCUUAAGCUUCUGUUUAUAAUUAAAUGCACUAAGCUACUCUUUAAUUAUUCAUUUGCUUUAAAUUGAACAAUUUCCUUAAUUAUUCAUUUGCUUUUCACUUAAUUAUUUUUAAUAUAUGUCUUCUGACCAGAAACAAGAAGUCAGAAGUGAUGUAAUUGGAAAGUUGUAGAAGGGUGUGUUUGUGUGUGUGUGUGUGUGGGGGGGGGGGGUCAAUCUGUCACACGAGCUGUCAAAUAGUUUGAAUAAAACUAUACCUUCUAACAUUUUCACAAGAUUAGAACCACAAUAAAUAGAAAGGUGUAUUAUAACAUUUUUGAAAAAUAAAUAGAUUUGCAAUGGUAAGCACAUAGACAUGAAAUGGAAGUUGGUAGCAAUAAAGUAACUCUGACUUCCAUCAUAGAGAAACAAACUGGUGAAGGAGUGAAGUAACUCGGUCCUUACAGAGUGGUGGAAGACAGAAAUAAAACACACCAAACAAACACCAUUUGAUUUAUUUAGUUACUCUACAUGUCUGGAAAUGUGCUUAGUGCACCAAAUAUCUGGCAUUUUCUACCAUUCUCCUCUUUGUGAAGAAACCUUUUGAAGUCUUAUAAAUAGAUAUUAGGUAGUUAAUUAGCUAUUUUAUCUUCUGCGUUAGUGAUUCUACAGUAGGCUGUUUAUUUACCCACCAUCGUCAUCAUGGAAGCAGUGUGAAUUUCUGAACACACAAACGUUUUUUGGCAUUUAGGCCAUUUUUCAAAUGGGAAGCAGCCGUUAGGGGUCUUGGAACAAUAUUUUUCAGGAAUCGAUUUCCUUGUGAAAUAAUCUUAAAAAAGCAACUACUAUUUUAUGUAGAUAAUCAGUGCAACACUUUCGACAAUAAUGAUGUCUUAGCUCCAUCUCUCGUCUAACCGCUGCUUUAUGCACAUGCUCCACUUCUUUUCUGCUUUUCCUGUAUUUUGGUGGUAUAGUCACAGCAAAGAUUUUUUCUAAAAAGUACAAAGAUAUUUAAAAGGAAAUGACCUAAAGGAAACAGUAUGAAAAUAAUAUAAAAUUAUCUCUUUCUUUAAUACCAAAAACUUUCCUUUGCCUUCCUCUGACAACGUUGUGUAAAACAUUAUGAAAAACCAUAUUUUUCCUGGAGAAUAGCUUGAUUAUGCAUCAUCAGGGCAUUUGAUCAAUACAUAUCUGCAAAACUCAGAUUGGUAGCUCUAACUGUAAAAAAAAUGUGCCAGUACUUCAUGUUUGCAAAAAUCAACAAAGAUGGCUUCUUUUAAAAGAUGCUACUGUAUAAAACUGGCUAUAUACUGGCUAAGGCUGCUGUAAUCCUUGUUACCGCAAAGGCUGCAUUAGUAGUCUAACUUUGAACAAGCUGCAGCAUAAGGCUACCUUUGUGUUCUGUUCAAGAGUGCUGAUUUGAAACUUCUACGUAAUUGGAUAAUUUAAAAACUGCUGGUGUACUGAAUAAGCAUUGAGUCAUAUAGGAUGAGUGACAUUUACAUUGCUUUGUAUUAAGCUGCCGCUGAGGUGGCUGUGUACUCCAUUAUAUAAAUCCUCCACUUCCCCUCAAGGUUUGUAGCUUCACACCAAAUAUGUCCUCACAAAGAAAAGUAAGGAAAGGAAGCAGCUUGAAAUUUUCUUUUACCUUGACUUCUUUCUCUGGUCUAGCAGAAUGUUGAGAAAUGAAGAUUAUUUGGAUUUAAAUAAAUGAACAUGUUUGUUUCAGAGGAAAGGGUUUCUGUGUUAUAAAUUAACACAAGAUGUAUGUUUCCUCAAUAAAUGCUUCUGACUUCA